CGUGCCACCAGCUCUGCUGCAGCAGAGAGAAGGGGGCGAGGGGGCCCAGCCAGGAGUGUGGGGGGGUGCCUCUGGGGUCUCGCUGCCUGGGCAGCCACCAGCCCCACAACAUGCGGGCUCCUGCUGCCUCAGGAAAGCGGGAGGCGUGCCCCUCGCCCUCCUCCUGCUGGACCUCGGGAGAGUUCGGGGGCUGUGGCUGGGAGUGAGCAGGGCAAGGCAGGCGCCUGGGCUGCUGCUCCAGCUCCCGGACUGGAAAGGAGGGAAGGCAGGCGGCGAAGGGUGGCACUGCUUCGGCGGCUGCUUCGGCUGGGCUUGCGCGGCGGGGGCGAGCCUGGCUCUGCGGGGAUGCGGCGCCCGUGCCUGGCUUCAGGACUGCCUUUGGCUCUCCCUCUCUGAGGGGCUGGCUCUCCCUUGCUCCCCUUUUCCUCUCCUUCCUUCGGAGCCCUCUUCCUGGACAAGGAUGCCGUCCUCCUCCCAGCGAUAAAAGAGCAGCAGCACCUCAAGAAAGGAAGCAGCAAAGGCAGCCUUGGUCCCCGUCUCUCUCUCUCUCUCUGACCGACUGCUUCCCCACCAGCCGCCUUUCCUCCCUCAGCAGGACUUUCUUUCUUUUUGGGGGGUCCCCUUCCUCCUCCCAGCUGCUGGAACUGCACCACAAAACGGCAACCCUUAACAAAUGGGAACACAUUUAAGAAGAAAUGUCUAUUCAUUCCUUUUGCAUCUGGAGCAUUUUUACCAUAUCACUGAUGUCUUUUAUAAACUCUGAAAGCUUUUGAGCAUUGAAGACUAUCAGACAUAUUCUUCUUUGAAUGUCCUUGGUCUAAAGCAGAUGUACCAGAUCUUCUGGAUGAGCAUAAGAAUAAAAAGCCUGUCUCAUCUUGUCCAUUCUUGAAUCUGUUUUGGUGUGGUGGCCAUCAUCAACCCAAAUCAGCACAUGGGGAGACAGAAGAUCUGUGACUGAAUGGAGGAAAUGGAAAUGGGGUUUUCAAAACCAAAGGUACACUAUGAACUUUCCCCAAAAAAUGAAAAGUAGUUUUGAGGAGGAGGAGUUGGAGCAGGGAAAACAGCUGUAAAGAAAAAGACUGAAGAAGUCCUGAAGAUUGAUGGAGGGCCAUGCUAUUCAAACAGCAGGUGUUGCUGAGACAGAAGCUCCUUGUGUUAGGCAGCCUUGCUGUUGGAAGUCUCCUAUAUCUAGUUGCCAGAGUUGGGAGCUUGGAUAGACUGCAACCCAUUUGCCCAAUUGAUGGUCGAUUUGGACUCCGUGGCCAAGAUGAAAUUCCACUGCGAGCUCUACAGUUUAAGCGUGGAUUGUUACACGAGUUCCGGAAGGGCAAUGCCAGCAAGGAGCAAAUCCGACUUCACAGUUUGGUCCAGCAGAUCCCCAAGGCCAUUAUAAUUGGAGUGAGGAAAGGAGGAACCCGGGCACUACUUGAAAUGUUAAAUCUCCACCCAGCAGUGGUCAAAGCUUCUCAAGAAAUCCACUUCUUUGAUAAUGAUGAGAACUAUGCCAAGGGCAUCGAGUGGUACAGGAAAAAAAUGCCAUUUUCUUAUCCCCAUCAAAUAACUAUUGAGAAAAGUCCUGCAUACUUUAUCACCGAGGAAGUACCUGAAAGGAUUUAUAAAAUGAACUCAUCCAUCAAAUUACUGAUCAUUGUCAGGGAACCUACAACAAGAGCUAUUUCUGACUACACUCAGGUCCUGGAGGGAAAAGAAAGGAAGAAUAAAACCUACUACAAAUUUGAGAAGCUGUCCAUUGACCCUAAUACAUGUGAAGUGAACACUAAAUACAAGGCAGUAAGAACCAGCAUCUACACAAAACACCUGGAGAGGUGGCUAAAGUACUUUCCCAUUGAGCAGUUUCACAUUGUUGAUGGUGACCGUCUCAUUAUGGAACCACUGCCAGAACUCCAGCUGGUAGAGAAGUUCUUAAAUCUUCCUCCAAGGAUAAGUCAAUAUAAUUUAUAUUUCAAUGCCACCAGAGGGUUUUACUGCUUGCGAUUUAACAUUGUUUUUAACAAGUGCCUGGCAGGAAGCAAGGGACGCAUCCAUCCAGAGGUUGACUCCUCUGUCAUUACCAAAUUGCGCAAGUUUUUUCACCCUUUUAAUCAGAAAUUUUACCAGAUUACAGGGAGGACAUUUAACUGGCCCUAAAGUAAAUUUCAUACAACACUAUGUGUUGCACCCAGAGAUAUGCAACUAUGUCUCUAUUAGAGUUUUAAAAUAUGCACUUUUCGUAUACACAGUUAUCAAAAGUAACCCUUUUUUUUCAUGCAUACGUGUACAUAUGCAGUGUGUGACCAAAUAUAAGGUGGGAUCAAUUUUUUUCUGCAAAGCAGUGAGUAACAUUAAAAAAUUACUCUCUGCAUAACUGCACCAUUUUAUGCUGAACAAUUAAAUGGGAAGAAGUCAUUUAAAGAAAUUAACUCAGCUAUUCAAUUCAAAGGGUCAGUACUCUAGUUGCUCUGCAAAAUUUAAUACCAAGCAAAUCUAGAGGGGAGGUGGGAUAUAACUUUAGAAGUCAUGGCAACUUUUGGUUUAGGAAGGGCUGCAGUAGGCUAAAAUGUGGCUAAAAGAAUAUUGACCCUUUAAAGGUGUAAAUUUGGGCUUCAGACUUAUAUUGGUUUAACAAUAGGAAACCUAGGACUUGUAGUUCUAUGACUGGAUGGGCAAGUGAGGGCCAGGCACUCUAAUUCUCACCUGAUAAAGUCUCUGUGGGGUUUUUGGUGGAGGAGAACAUGCACAUGAAACUAGAAAGAAAAGAAAAAACCAAUAUAAGUUUGCAGUGUAAAGAUAUGCCCUGUGUGAUGCUGAGUUUUUUCUUAUUGUUUGAAAAGAAAUUCUCUCAUGCAAUCAACAUUGUUUCAAAUUUCCUGUGGUGAGUUUGCACUAUUUUGUUAAUUAUUAUUAUUGUUAUUCUUAUUGUAUGGGUCAUCUUGGCACUUGUAGCAUGUCAAUCAUGUGUCAAAAAAGAAGUCUCUUUUUCCCCUUCUAUGCUUGUAUGUUGACAAAGAGAAACCUGCUGUACAUAAUGUAUAUUGUUUGUAAAUAUUGGUUUCACACUAAGUAAUUCUAUUUUGUAAACUGAAUAUGGCUAUUUAAUUUAUUGUGAAAAUUAAAUUUAUUGUGGUAUUUAAAAAUGG